AUGGCCUGCAUGUUCGAUGUGCCGAAGUGCGAGACCAGGCGGGAGCGUGGCGAUGUGCUUCCGCUGUGGGAGGGGACGAAGGAGGUGGGCCGUCUCCGGCUCUCCCUGGCUUUCGCCGCCCUCCCGGGGCUCCCUGAGCCGAGCUCGGCUCGUGCUCGAGGGCUCACGAACCUCGCAGCCGGCGGUGCUUCUCUCGUCAACCACAGCGGCGCCGUCAACGCUGGGGGGCUGCUGAACCGUGCGAGCGCUUCCGAGGAAUCCGAGACCAGGCCCAGCUUCGCACGAGGUGCGAGCGGCCUCGUGAACUGCGCUCCUCCUCCGGCGGCGUCUUCGGGUCUCCGAAAUGUGGUGGAGUCGAUUCCCCAGGCGCGAAGCAGCUCCAAGGAGGCUGCAGAGAGUCGCCCGAGCUUUGCCAGAGGUGCCAGCCAAGGCCUCGCAAACCUGGCCGUCAGGGAAGAUGGUUCCCGUCCCACGGCAGUGCCUCACGCGCUGGAGCUGCUAGCCGAGGUGCCGGCCUUCGACCCUGGCAGCGAUGUGCACAAGCGGAAGCUGGCGCAGGCACUGGAGAGCCUGAGGAAGGCUUCCGCAGAGGACCUGCAGGGAGCCCUUGGGCGCCAAGCCUUGGCAGAGUGUGCACCGAAGGUCGAGGCAUGUCAGGGCUCUCAGGGCCUGCAGUGGGGAGUUUUCGGAGGUGGGCUACUGCUAAAGGAUGCUGAAGGGGCACAUCCCUCUCGUGAGCUUACCGCUGUGGGUUUCGAGCUCGACUUUGUCCUCUCCGCCUUCAAAGACUCUGGCCGCUCCGCUUUCUUCCACGACUACGAGCCGGAUUGGAAGAAAUUUGCGAGGAGCUCAGAGCCCACUACGACCAAGCAGAACCAGGUGGCAAGAAACGUCGCUCAAGGAACAAACCGAGAGAACCUUAUUCAAUGCCCAGCCAAUGUCCCAGCAGGAAGAGUGGCUUUCAUGACGUUGGCAUAG